UACUAAUCCAUGAAACUAUCAUUUCCAAGGAAGCAUAAAGGAGGAGAUGGAAGUCCUCUACCGACCCUUGCGUUCUCCCGUGAGACCAGAUCUGAAGACGAGCUCCGACGAGAAGAGCAGGAGAUGGAAGUGAUGGGCACGUGAGGUUUCAGGCUUGCUCGGGGCUCUCUUUCUUCCCCUUCUCUCUCCUUAGCAUUGAGUUCAUCUUCUGCCAUCCACCUAUUAUAUUUUUGCCAGCUUUCCUCUCUGCUCCUUUCCUUUCUCUCUUUUUGUUGUUAUUAUACUUUCUAUAGGUCGACAAGUGAGGGAUGGAGGAAUUCUACCACCUAGGUGAUAGUGGUAGUGGUGGAGCCUUCACUACAUCACCUACUCCACCGCAGAGAGCGGCCGUCUGCAGGCAGAGCUUCCGAACGCCACCACUUAAAACCGAAGCUGGACCAUCUCAGUCCCAAAAGAGAACGAUAGCGACGCAAGAACAGGGGGAGAACUCACCAAGUGAUGUAGAAGAAGACAUCAAGGCAAAGAUCAUGUCGCACCCGCACUAUUCUACUCUUGUCGCAGCCUUUACGGACUGCCAAAAGGUGGGAGCGCCACCGGAGGUGGUGGCGAGGCUCUCGACCAUCGCCCGCGAGCUCGCGUUGGGCCCGAGUUGCCAUAACGGCACUUCUGAUCCUGACCCUGAGCUCGACCAGUUCAUGGAGUCAUACUGUGAUGUACUCAUCAAGUACCGGGAAGAGCUAACGAGGCCAUUGCAAGAGGCCAAAGACUUCCUCAUGAAGAUGGAGUUACAGUUUAAUGCGCUCACCGACGCUUCCACUCGCGGCCUUUUCUCCACUGAUGAAAACUGUGAAGGUUUUGGUUCCUCUGAAGAGGACCAGAAUGCCACUGGGGAUUAUCAGGUGGAUCCUCAGGAUAUCGACCCCCAUGCCGACAAAGAACUGAAGCACCAUCUCUUGAAGAAGUAUGGUGGCUACUUGAGCAGACUCCGGCAAGAGCUGACCAAGAAGAAGAAGAAAGGAAAGCUGCCCAAGGAAGCUCGGCAGAAGCUGCUCAACUGGUGGCAGCUCCACUACAAAUGGCCGUAUCCAUCUGAAACGGAGAAGGUGGAAUUGGCUGAGUCGACAGGUCUUGAUCAGAAGCAAAUCAACAACUGGUUCAUCAACCAAAGAAAGAGGCACUGGAAGCCAUCAGAGGACAUGCAGUUCGUGGUGAUGGAUGGUUUCUAUCCACAGAAUGCUUCUGCUCUCUACAUGGAAGGGCAGUUCAUGGGUGACGGCAUCUACCGCCUUGGUCCGUGAUGCCUUGUGAUCUAAACCAAGUUUCCAGAUAUUAAGAAGAGGAAAAGGAGAAAGCAGAGGGAGGAGGAUGAAGCCCUAAAUAUCUUUUUCUUUCCCCCAUUUUAAUGGGGAUGAGAACAGUAAGAUGACAUGCAUUCGAUGCAACACCAAUGCAAGAAGAGAAUGUUGUAGUAUAUUUCAUAUUUCAAACAUGCAAAACAUAAUAUAAAUACGUAAUGCAUUAAUGUUGUUCAUGGUUUAACUGGAACAGAAAUAAAAAGUUGGAGGCUUGCAAAUUCUUAUC